AUGGAGACGGAUCCACGUAACACAUCUCACGGUUGCUGCCAUGACACCGAAUCGGAAUUCUAUACACUCGAACAGCUGCGAUAUGCAUCGGCCGAUCAUCUGCACCUGACCAGUAGACGAUUCUUUAUUGGUCCUAUUCCCAAAGGCUGGCUGCAAAACCACCGGAAAUCUUGGUAUAAGACGAGAAUAAAGUUCAGAAACUAUACUUCGAGGACCGUCACUUUCUCUGCCGAAACGCAAGUCAAUCCUUCCGCCGCAAACCCAGACAUCUCCGAAUUGCAACUGCCGACCGCGGACCAAGAGGAGCAAGACCAAGACCAGGAUCAAGGGGAGACAACAGAGGAAGAAGGGGAAGAAGCCGAACAAGAGAGCGAACCUAGCAGUCAGAGAACAAUUCGCCCAUCUAGUCGGCUUCGGACAUUGAAUGAGCCUCUGGGGGCUGCCCAAACUCUUCCAACAUCCGAUUCAGGUGGUCUUUCCUCGCCCAACGGAAGUGAGCACAGUGGAGAUCACCCUACUAGAGAAGGAGAUUCCUCAUCCUAUUUCACCGCAAGAGAGACGCGUCCUGAGUCGUCUGUCGUCCGGCACACCCCAGUCGAACAUGGAAGUGGGCUGAGUACAGGGCUACUCAUUACUCCACAGCAACUUCAGGUGCCGAGCAUCUCCUCCACUCAUUAUGAAGCCAGUCAGUCGAGUCCCAAGGCACCUCCUAGCGAUCACGGGUCCACGACACCGUUACUAAGGCCCAGUCCAGGGCUCAAAGGGAAAGGCAGACUCAGUGAAGCACCUUCCACGGAUUUGGACCACCAGGAGCCGCAGAGCGAGCUCGAUGAGGCAAACGACAAUAAUGAAGACCGCCGGCGAGAGUCAACGAGUUCCAGGCUUUCUCUCACUAGGCGAGCUGCGAAGUUCAACUUGGACGACAACUUCCUGGACAAGAAACGACGCAUUCGGUCCCGUUUGUCAAAAACGCAUGGCCUGAUCUCGGACAAUCUUCGAUUCCACCGAAAACUCCAGGAAGGCGAGAUAAUCAGGGCCGAGAACAUGCUGGUCCGCGUCGAGGAGACUCGGCAGGACCUUCCGGAUGACUAUACGGAGAAUGACAGUUUGCGCAUGGAAUCCCGGGUGGCAGACAAUUGGCGAGAGUUCCUUGUGGUUUGCCGUGUGAACUCCGACAAAGAAGCACCGUUCUCGCUCCAGAUGUACAAAACGCGUGUCAUCCCGGAGAUACAGAAGAAAGGCGGAAGAGUGUCGCCGCACUAUGAAAUUCUUCUCGGCCGCAAGCAAACGAGGGUAAACCUGUACUCGUCACUGGACAAGUCUAUUGUUAUAUGGGGGCCUUGCAAACGUGGAACCCGGAUUUACAUCGUGCGGCCUAGAUCCACGGCCCAUGCGGUUGAAUGGUAUACAUCUCUAUGCCUCUCUUUGGGAUGGCAGCGUCCGACCUCGCUUCCAAUCAAUGUUCCGCAUCUUGGGGUCUCCCUGAUAUUCAAGCAUCCUUUUGAGCAGCCAGAGACUGGCUCCGAACACGAAGAUGAGGACAAUGAGGAUGAUAUACUCGCAAGACUAGCGAAGCGAAGGAAAGUCGCUGCUGCCAGCAUUAUCCGUGGGUGCAUGGAGAUGCUGGGCAAGCAUUCUGAAUGGGCGGACGUGCUAGAGGACUGGUCUAAGGCCGGACGGAUGGGUCUUGCAUGGAAAAGGUACGAUAGGUUGGAGUGGAUAUACGGCGUGCGGGAGGAGAAGAUGUACGGGGCACUUGGGAUGCAAACUACUCAUGAGUUGGAGCUUCGACCACGACAACAUUAUUGCACCUUUGUGAAUCAAGGUGACGUGAAAGAAGAUGAGCCUGAGCCUGUCGAAGGGUUCCUGAUCCGGCUGACAUCGCAGAGAGGUGUUCAUCAACGGAUGAAUAAGAUGUUCUACAAACGCCUAUACUUCUUCACUCAAGACCGCUACCUGUUUUUCUGCAGACCAGCGAAAGCACUACCUCCUGCCCCGUCAAGGCUCUGUCCGAGCGAGUCAGAAAUACCUUCGACACAAGAGAUAUUGGACCAGAUGCCGCUUUCAUAUCCUGUCGACCCGUUUCCCGUGGUAAACGGUGAGAUAACGUGGCUGUCCAGUGGAAACAAAGUGCAUAUCAAGUCGCACGACCAGGAGGCUUACGCGCUAUUGCAGAGACACCUUCACAACAUCUGCAACGCAGACGGCCACAUAGACCUAUGCCGGGUGCAGGACAUACGGCAUGUACAGCGCGAUAGCUGUCCAGCUGAUCCGAAUAUUGGUGAAGGGCCUCCCGAUGUUAGAUUCCAUCCAGAAGCGACGGACACACAUCGAGAUGACGGCGCAACCCAGAGCUUUGAAGAUGAUAGGACGUUUGAGUUGGUGCUUGACAAUGGACUUGUUGCCCGAUUUCAGACAUAUAACAAAGACACAAAACUUGAGUGGAUGAAAAGGCUUGAUGCUUUGGUCCGAUACUGGAAGGCCCGAGUUGCUGCGGAUGCAGCUGAGCACAAACUCGUUCGGAAACGGAACUUGGAUAUCCUCGAAAUUGACGAAGACUUGGAAUCUAUCAUCGGCCAGCGUGCAAAGAAGUGGGAGGUCAAGAAGGCAGAGGCAUCGCCGUUCAUACACAACAUGUGUUCGUUGUUUGGGUGUCGAGCGAUAAAGCUCAUUGAGAAAACGCAACGGCGUUGA